AGGUUUGCAAUUUGCCGGUCAGACACUUCAUAGCCUACUAAUACGCCGCCGUCACGAGCACUAGCCGAAUCGAAACUGCGCUCCUAGGGCUAUUCCUGCGUAACUUGAUACAGAGGUUUCUAUUAGGACCAAUACAGUAAAUGACGAUUGUAUUAGCUGUAAGGUAGACCGUCAUUCGUCGACACCUGGGAGCCUGGGACCUGGCCCAAGGGCACCGCCGAUUGGAGAAUGGCGAAGGAGGAAGUCCAGGACCGGUAUGCCAUUGUAUAUUUCAUCUUCGUCCUUUUGGGGACAGGCACGCUGCUACCAUGGAAUGUCUUCCUCACCGAAAAGGAAUUUUACGACGUCCGCCUUCAUGUUGCGCCAUUCAAUGUAUACAUAACGGAGAACUUUAUGAGCCUUUUUUGCCUUGUCUUCAACACAGCGAACCUCGUGGCGCUGGGCUUCCUAGUCAAGUUCCAAAAGCACUUGUCGCUGCGCGUGUUGGUGCUGCAACCGCUCGUCGUCACCUUCAUCAUGCUGCUGUCAACCGCAGCGCUGGCCCUGCGCACCGAGAUCCCGGGUGACUUGAUGGCCAAGCUCACACUGCCCUCCCUGGCGCUCAUGGGCAUGUGCAUGGCCUUCCUGCAGGGCGGCACCAUGCAGCUGGCCAGCAUCUUCUCAAUAGCGCACAUCAGGGGCGUCGUGUCCGGCAUCGCUGUGGGCGGUCUGGUCACCAGCUCGCUUUCCUUCCUCAGCCAACUCCGAGCAACACAACAAGGCGCCGAUGGCAGCGGCGGCGCAAGCGGCAGCGCAGCCGAUGCCAACGCCAACUCGAUCGGCAUCAGCAUCAUCAGCGCCGUCGCCGAUGUAGAUCCGCACACCUCCCCUGCAUCCGCAGCAUCCGCCGCCGCCGCCGCAGCCGCAGCCUCUGCAGUGGCUCCCGCUGCCUUUGUGUACUUCUCCGCCUCCGCUGCUGUAAUCGGCGCCUGCAUAGCGGGAUACUGGUCGCUGCCCUGGCUGCCGUACGGGCGGUACAAACUGCUGCUGGCGGGCAUUCUGGACGACCCCAAGCAGCGCAAGAUGCUCACGGUGGACGAGGAUUACGAGGAGCCCCUGUUUACCGUUGUAGAAGGCGACAUUGACGGUGCUGCCGCUGCCGCUGCCGGCCCCAGCACCAGCUCCGGAGCCACCCGCACCGAAACCACCCGCGCCGCCAUCAUCUGCGUGGAGUCCGAUUACAGCAUCUACACCCGCACCUGGCAGCAGCGCCACGCCUUCUCCAUCUACUGCCUUGCGCUGUUCCUCUGCCUCUGCGCCACCAUGAGCACACAUCCCGGCUUGUCUGCGUUCAUUUGCUCGGUGGACAACCCGGCUCGUGUGUCGCCCUGUGCGGCGCGCAACGACACGCCGGGGGUGCUGGGACGCAUUCGCGGGGACUUGUUCGUGCCGCUGCUGUUUGUGUUGUUCAGUCUGGGUGACUUCCUGGGUCGCUUCCUCAGCGGCUACGGCCCCUGGUCCCGCGGCGCCCCCAAGCCGCUGUCCAUCCUGGCCUACUCGCUGCUGCGCUGCAGCCUGGCGGCCGCAGUGCUGUUCUGCCACCUGGUGACACCCACCCGCUGGCGCCUGCACGCCUACCUGGACAGGGACCACUGGCCCUGGGGGGUGGUGCUGGCGCUGGGGGCAACGCAGGGCCACCUGAUCAGCACCAUCUGCAUGCACGCGCCCUCCACCCUGAUGCCCACCGAGCAGUCCAGGUACGGCCCCGUCACCUCAUUCGCCAUCUCGGCGGGCUGCUUCGUGGGGUCGUUCGUUUCCAUGGGGCUCUCCUCGGCCUUCCAGGAGCAUUGAGAGGGGCUGGAGAGAGUCAGAGCAUCAGCUGCUCUGCUGUUUACUUUGGCCCCACAUGUACCGCUAUAGUAGCAUCUCGAGGUUUGGGCGAAAGAGGGCCUGUGGUAUGGGGAGGUGGUGGUACCGGUAGUUAAUGUUGACCGUUAAUCGAGACGCGGGAUGUAACUGAUUAGUCAGGUCUGAGCAAACUAACGGUGGAGUCGGAGUCUUGGAUGGCGUGUACCGCCGUUUGGCGGUUGUGGUAGUGUACCUUGCUGCGGUAGGUGCCAAGUUAGGCCAAGCCAUGCACCUUUUGCGUUUGGUGGGGUUGGGUUUGAGACCAACUGGGGACAAGCGCAUCACAGGCUCCUUGCUUCUGUUGCCUUGGAUCCCAUACCUUGUACACUCUUGUAUACGCAACACACUUAUGUAGUUUCCUUUAAGACACCUGUACCAGAAUGCUCGGGAGUAAUGGCUGAGAGUAGAUAGGCUUGGGGUUUCCGGGCCUGUCAUGCGGCCCCGGUGUACUGUACUGCUUGAUUGCCACCCUGACAGCACCUUAUUGCGAAGCGCUGCGUGUAUGAGGUGCGGGUGUGCCUUCCCUUGACGAUGCGUUGGGGACUUGGGGUCUGGAUCACUUGCUUGUACCUUUGCACGUAAUCCGUACGAAACCCAAUGUAUGUAUGUUUAAAACCGGUGUAGCGGUGUUAUGAAAACUGCUGACACACCCACUCUUGCACAUAGGUCUUUUGCUGCUCCUGGCAGCGCUGCUCUGUGCUUUUGCACUUCAUGUGAUGUGCCCGCAGACGUCCGGACGCUAAGGGCGGUGCUUUGUAGCUUUCGGUUGCUCGGGCUGAGAGCAUGCAUUGGGUGGAUGUUUCGUUUGUGUCCAUGCAGCUCAGUUCUUGGUUCACAUGAUACUGACGCCAUGGGAUUUUAGUAGGCAUCAAGGGGCAAGGUAGGCGAGAGGGAGGGGAUGCACCCAUGCAUGGCUGGACACGUAACUAACUGAGGGACGGCGAGGGUAUUAGUUCAUUUUCCGGGUGGCCGGAUGAUGAGCUGACAAGGUGAAUGUACUUAAGCCGGCGGUUAGCGUUUUGAAAUUGGUUCAGGUUAAGCUGUUGAAACCCGCCCCCCGCAUCUUACUUCCUUUACCUUCUCCAAGCUAUAGCAGCAGGUACUAAGCCUACUUGCGAGGUCCACGUUGAGUAAUUUCAGCAAAGUUACCCCCUGUGCUGUUGAUUGCCCUGCUCCCGAGAGUGGCGCAUUGAGCAUGAUUUCAAGUGUUACCAGGCGAUAUGUUAUUACCUUUCAUUGCUCACUCCUUCAAUAUUGGAGGCGUGCAAAACAAUUCGAGCAUUAUACCCGACAAAGGGGUAAGUCUUCCGAAAGGAGGGAAC